AUUAUUCAGCUGUUUUAAGUGAGAGGAAUCAUCAGAUAUUAGACAAUACGACAGAGAUAUAAUAAGGCAUCCAAAAGGAUAACAGCAAGAACAAGGGCCACAAAAGGCUUAGCAAGAAAACUCCUUGUUGAAAACGCUAAGCUAAAUUGCAUAAAUAAUGUCAUUCACAAAAAGACUAGAGCAGAAAAGACCAAAUAAGAAAAGCAGUGUUCCACCAUUCUAGUCCUCUAUAAAUUGAUGAAUAGGAGAACUAUAGAAGCAAUAUCCGAGUUAUCAUAUAGAUAGACCACCAACCAUUUACAAACUCAAAAUGACCAACCAAUUUGCCAUGAACGGUUUAAGCGAUCAGAAGCCACACUUCGUUCUGGUCCCUUUGAUGGCCCAGGGCCACAUGAUCCCCAUGAUUGACCUUGCGCUGCUGCUAGCUAAACGUGGCGUGCUGGUCAGUCUUAUUACCACUCCUUUUAAUGCAUCUCGAAUCCAAACCACCAUCAACCAUGCUAAAGAAUGCUGCCUUCCUAUCCAAUUUGUUGAGCUCCCAUUCCCAGGUGCAGAAUUGGGACUACCUGAUGGGUGUGAGAACCUUGAUGUUGUGCCAACAAUGGAUCUCAUGGUCAAUUUUUUUCAAGCAAUUGCACUUCUUCAAAAGCCAUUGGAGUUAUAUUUAAAAGAGCAUGUAUCAUACCCAAAUUGCAUUAUAUCAGACUUCUGCCACCCUUGGACCAAUAAGGUAGCCAGCAAUCUUCAGGUCCCUCGGCUUAUAUUCUUUAGUAUCUGCUGCUUCACCCUCCUGUGCGAUCACAACAUUUCCAAGUACAAGGUCUAUGAUGAUAUCACUGAUGAGAAUGAGCCCUUCAUUGUGCCAGGAUUGACUGAAAAGAUUAAGGUGACCAAAGCUCAAGCACCAGGGUUUUUUUCAGCACCUGGCUGGGAAGAGUUCGCCAAAGAGCUGCGAGAGGCUGAGAUGGCGGCCGAUGGAAUAGUGGUGAAUAGCUUUGAUGGUUUGGAAGCUUUGCAUAUUGAAAGCUACCAAAAUGCCAUGGGUAAGAAGGUAUGGACAGUUGGCCCACUUUUUUUUUACCACAAAGAUGCCAGUUAUACGGCCACAAGAGGAGACAAGGCAACCAUUGAUGCAAACAGAUGUCUAGGUUGGCUUGAUUCAAUGAAACCUAAAUCAGUUGUUUACGUAAGCUUUGGUAGUCUAACGCAUGUCAAACCUACCCAACUUAUGGAGAUAGGGCUCGGAUUGGAAGCCUCAAACCAGCCAUUUGUUUGGGUGAUCAAGAACAUUGAAAAAUCUCAAGCCGUAGACGAAUGGCUAUCAGAAGGGUUUGAAGAGCGGGUUAGUGCAAGAGGUCUUCUAAUUAAAGGGUGGGCCCCGCAAGUGAUGAUCCUAUCACAUCCAGCGGUUGGGGGUUUCAUUACUCACUGCGGGUGGAACUCGACAAUUGAAGGCAUCACUACUGGCAUACCAAUGGUGACAUGGCCUCAAUUUGGUGAUCAGUUCCUGAACGAGAGGUUGGUUGUGGAUGUUCUGAACAGUGGAGUACCUAUCGGGGUUAAGGAGCCAGGCAUGUUUGGAGACGACAAUAGAGUACCUUUUGUUGGAAGGGAUGAUGUAGAGAAGGCUGUGAGCAUGCUGAUGGAUGAAGGGAAGGAAGGGCAAGCGAGAAAAGAGAGAGCAAAGAUUCUUGGAAAGAAGGCUGUGGAGGCUAUGAAAGAAGGGGGUUCAUCUCAUGCGAACAUGACUCACAUGAUCGAAUAUUUCUCCAUAAAUGUUGAGAAGAGCAUGGCACAAGUAGCACUUUAGAGAAGGGAGAGAGUGCGAAGCAAAUAGAGUUAUUUUCUUAUUGCAUGUCUUUGAUUUGAUCCAAGAAUCAAUACAAACUCCCAAAGGAAUUAAAACUA